UUAUGUAUUCUCGGCUCCUGGUAAACUAUUGGAUUCAUUGCCUGGCACACUAAUGUUAACAGAUUGUUUGGAAGCAUGCCAGGGUAAUGAAACAUGUCAGGCGGUUAAUUAUGAAACUGGUCUAUGUGUAUUAUUCUCAGCCAAUGCUGAUCAAUUGCCAGGUGCCUUAACCAAAUCACAAUUCCCGGUGUUUACAAUUUAUGCUCAAAAAUUAUGUUUGGGAGUACGACCAUGUGCACGUGCUUGGUGUGUUGAUCGUGUGCAAAACUAUAAACUUAAUGGACAUGCUAAAAGUUCAGUGUCAGUGGAAUCAAGACGUGAUUGUUUCGACUUGUGUUUAGGAGAAACGGAAUUUACAUGUCGAUCAGCCAAUUAUUAUCGUGCCACAAAUAUUUGUGAAUUGUCUGAAAUGGAUCGUAUUACAUUGGCGGGUACAAGUGCAUUCCAGGCUCAUGAUGGCAUCGAUUAUCUUGAAAACAAUUGUGCCGAAGAACCAAAUAAAUUAUGUGAAUUUAAACGUUUAUCGGGUAGAAUAUUGAAAACAGUAGAUUCAGUAUAUCAGGAUGUUGGCAGUAUUGAUGAGUGCCGUGAUUUGUGUAUAAAUUCACCAUACAGAUGCCAUUCUUAUGAUUUUGGCGAUACCGGUGAUAUGGUCUGUCGUUUAUCUCAUCACAGUCGUGCCACACUCUCCGAUGUACAAGAUCCCUAUCUUGAAGUACCCGAAGCUGCAACCUAUGAACUUUAUUCUUGCUACAAUGUUACCAUCGAAUGUGGAGCCAGUGAUAUGGUAGCACGUAUACGCACUUCAAAACUUUUCGAUGGCAAAGUCUAUGCUAAGGGUUCACCCAAAUCGUGUUCGGUAGAUGUGAAAAAUAAUUUGGAAUUUGAACUGCGUAUGGGUUAUUCAGAUUUGGAAUGUAAUGUAAGACAACAAGGUUCGGGACGUUAUAUGAAUGAUGUGGUUAUACAGCAUCAUGACACUAUUGUAACAUCUUCGGAUUUGGGUUUGGCAGUGACUUGUCAAUUUGAUUUGACCAACAAAUCGAUAUCGAAUGAAGUGGACUUGGGUGUUAAGGGUGACAUUGAACCGGCCUUGUCUGAGGAAGUUAUUGUUGAUUCACCUAAUGUUAUCAUGAAGAUUACCUCACGUGAUGGUUCGGAUAUUAUGCGUUCUGCCGAGGUAGGCGAUCCUUUGGCUUUGAAAUUCGAGAUUUUGGAUGAAUCCAGUCCCUAUGAAAUCUUUGUACGUGAACUGGUUGCUAUGGAUGGUGGUGAUACUGCUGAAAUAACUUUGAUCGAUUCCAAUGGUUGUCCUACCGAUCAUUUCAUUAUGGGUGCCAUUUACAAGAGCAGUUUGUCGGGCAAGGUUCUAUUAUCACACUUUGAUGCUUUCAAAUUCCCCUCCUCCGAAGUGGUACAAUUUAGAGCUCUGGUCACUCCCUGUAUGCCAACCUGUGAACCGGUACAAUGUAACCAAGAGGACAUUAGUGGUGAAUACAAAUCUCUGCUAUCAUUUGGACGUAAACGUAGAUCUCUUAAUGUAACAGCUUCCUUUGGUAAUGGUGUUGCAGAUGCUGGCAAUCAAGAACAUCAUCACCAGCAACAUCAACCUCAGCUCAGAAGACAACGUCGUGAAACAACGAAGAAACCUAGUCAAGAAGAUAUGCUUUUGGUACAAUCAAUUCAGAUCACUGACAAAUUUGGCUUCGAUAAACAACAGCAACAACAAUCGAAAGGCAGUGGUUACGAUACAAGUGAAACUGUAUUCAUUGCUAGUGAUGUAACAACACAAGGAUUCUGUGUUAAUGCCAUUGGUAUCAUUGUAGCCGCCACCGUUUUCUUAUUAGCUCAACUAGCCGUCAUAGCCAUUUGGACUUAUCUGUAUCAAAGACGUCGGAAAUUACAACCCUACAGCAAUGAGGGAAUAAGCAGUGCCUCUAGCUAUGGAUCACAUACAACAUCGACCGCUUCAACUAUGCAGGGUGGUAAUAUACCAAAUGCGAGAUCAGAGUCAUUAUGUAAAUUAUACGAGGGUGGUUUUGCAGCAAGGCAUGGACGUCAAUUUUAAAAGAUAUAAAAAGGAAUUGAAUAAAAAACCAAGCAAAUAGUAUUUCAAAAUGUUAAGAUUAAUGCAAACAAGGAAACCACCUUAGUAAAAUGGAUUAACAAAAAAAAAACUAAACAAAAAAACUUGCCACAAAAGAACAAAUUUGAAAACAAAAUAAUAUUUUGUUUAAAUUAAAAAAAAAUACUAAUAAGCAAGUGAGAAAAUAAAGAUGAAAAGUAAAAUAUCAAGCUAAAGACAUUUUUAAGCAAAUAAUAAUUAAAAUUAUUAUUUUAAACAACAAAAGCCAUUUAAACAAAAUGAAGAAAUGCAAAAGACAGAAAAAUCAAACAAAAAAUACUUAAUGGUGCCGGAUAAGCAAAAAAAAAAAUAUAA